AUGAUCGUACUACUAAUUCUGAAGAAGAAGAAGAAGAAGAAGAAGAAGAAGAAGAAGAAGAAGAAGAAGAAGAAGAAGAAGAAGAAGAAGAAGAAGAAGAAGAAGAAGAAGAAGAAGAAGAAGAAGCGACCACUGAAACAAGAAGUUUAUGGGCCUGACGUUCCGGAUUCUCACCUAUACCCAUCGUCAGAGACAGUCGUAUAUAAGGGCAGGGAAGGCACAAAGACUGCAGUAUUUAUAGUACGUAGCUCCCGUGGGAUCACAUGCGUACUUUAAUUAACGGCUGUCGCGAUCACCGCUGUGGGGUCGUAAUUGAUGCGACGCUGACUCGUCAGUCCGCGUCCGACUCUUUAAUGGCCACGAUCUCGUCCUCCGUGUUGGAUGUUGACGUGAUGACUACUUGGAAAUGUGGCCCGAUGUCACUGUAAUUGUCGCUCGCCCGCACCCUCCCCACGUGACUGAUACCCCACGCCUGAGAAUGUCUCAGCACCGAAUAUGGUAGCGAGAGGUCGUUGCGCUUGUUAAGCAGAUAUGAAAGAAACUAUGAAAAAACCGCAGUACAAUUAUCUGUGGAAGGAAUGUUGGACAAUCGAUUGCCUUGGGACAAUGACAGACUUAGACGGUCACAUGCAUGUACACAAACUGUCAGUGACGGGUGUCCACGCAUUAGCUUAGGGGACACCGUUUCCGCUGAUGGUACCUGAACUCGUUUGGCUGUACACCUACAAACUCCUAUAGCACAUAGUUUGUUCAACGCUUCAUUAGCUGAUUUUAAACGUGGUUUCUGUCGCUGAUGUUCACAGUGUUUAGGAAGCCAAGUUACAAGCUGCAGCAGUUUCUAAAGGGUACUGGUAAUUUUAAACACCAAGCUAUGUACAGUUAGCAAGUGAGGCGAAUAUUCAUACUCAAUCGGAAUCAAUGCACUUUUGUCAGCACCCAUUACUUGGAAUGGGCGAAUGUGACAAAUCGGCUGUUCCGGCGUCUCAAGUUCCUGACAGCUGAGUCAGACACCAUGAUCUCUUUUGGUCAGCACAAUUCCUGGAGAAACUUUAAGGGACAAGCCUCCUUCAAAAUGAAGUCAUGGUAUCUUUUGAUGUUACACCCCUUCUUACUUCUAUUCCGCAGGACCUGGCGAUCGAGACAAUCGAGCUGCUUCUGCAAAGCAAAUACGAUGAAACGGAGAACCGUCUUGGACACACCCAAGUACUUCAGUUCCUGAAGUUCUGUCUUAGGACGUUCUUCACGCUCGACAGGACAAUCUACGAACAGGUGAAAGGCACACCAAUGGGUUCGCCUAUUUCGGGAUUCAUGGCCAAGGCGGUCCCACAAUGGUUGGAGUCGCUGGUCUUCCAAUACCACAAACCGAAGUUCUGGACUUGGCAUGUGGAUGAUGCCUUCAUCGUUACCGACCGGGAUCAAUUGACGACAUUCAAGGAACACCUCAACGCUGACUUCCCGGACAUACAACGGAGGAGGAAAAAAAUAACCAACUAA